UUGUCAAUUCAAGCAACUUCGCAAGCAUUUAUAUUUUUUUUUAAUUCAAUGUUAUUUCCUGAGAUGAGAAUAAAUUUACGUAAAAAGUAGUCUAAUAUUCUAAUAAAUCAACAAAACAUCUUGAAACAAUGGCCAAAGAAAGCAAUAUGUCGUUGUUUCAUGAUGUAUUGGAGCCGUUUAGAAGAGUAAUAAAUACUGAUCCGCCAAAAGACAAGUUAUCGGCGUCUUCGAAAUUAAAUUUAUCUAAUAGUGAUGUUUCCAUUAAAGAAAGUAUAUCUAACCUAUUGUCAACUAAACGAAAAUCUAGUAUGGAUUCAUUUGAAUUCUUAACACCAGAGAAACGUCCCCGCAGAGAGUCCAGUUCCUCUACCAAUUCACCGGUACCACCUUCACCAUGGGAGGCAAAGAAAAUGAAAAUUGAUCUAAUUGCUGCUAAAGCUCAGAUUACGAAGUUGGAAGCUCGUGUCAAUCAUCAACAUUCAAUACGUAAGGAAAUGCAAAUAUUGUUUGAAGAAGAAAAAGCAUCAUUGAUGGAUCAGCACAAAAGAGAUGAGAAAGCAUUAGCCGACAUGGAGGAAAGAUUACAAGUCAUACGUAGGAGAGAACAGGAAUUAAGAGAUGAUCAUAAUGCUGCUGUAAAGGAACACAUGGAGAACAAAACGAAAUGGGACAAAGAAAGGUUGGAACUACAGAAGCAGAUAGCAGAUCUUAAAGACAAGUUGUUAGAGGCUAAUGUUAGCAGCAGAAAUCAGGUCUCGGAGAUGAAGAAGGAUAUGAAUGAGCUGUUACAGGCUUUGGAAGGUGCACAAUCUGAAGUAGAGUUGUUAAAGAAGGAAGUUGCACGACAGACCAGUCGGGCAGAACAAUGUACUGCUUUGAAGACACAGUUGGAUAAGCAAACAUUUGAGUUGCAACAAGUUAAUAGUAAACUAAAGGAUUUGGAGUAUGAGAGAGAUUGUUACAAAGACUGGCAACAACAUGCAAAGACUGCUCAAAAACGUCUCAGUACAAUGGCUGAUUUAGAAAAAGAAGUUGUUAGAUUGAGAGCUGCGGAGCGCACACUCCGUGAUGCAGUUUGCAAUAAGCUCCUGCUAGAAGAACAGGUGAAUGUACUCACCGCUAAAGUGGAAGCACUGCAGCCAGUACAGCAAGAGUUACAUGAGGCAAAGGUGAAAGUGGCAUUGUUGGAGUCGUCUUUAGAGGAGUGGGUGAGCGCUGCGAAGGCGCACGGCGUGGAGACAGCGCGCGCGCUCAGCGCUGCUCUUGAGUCCGCGUUUGCGGGACAGCUCACUGCAGUUGUUAACUGCUCUGAAGCUAAAACACAAAUGGCACAACUCACUGAGGAAGUGGCAACAUUGAAGUUUGAGCGGGACAAGGCGACAACGAAGCUCAAUGACAUAAUGUCAGUGCGCAAGAGCCAGGAAAGUCUUAUACACAGGCUGCAGAAACGAUUGCUUCUUGUCACCAGGGAAAGAGAUAGUUAUAGGCAACAGUUGGACUGCUACGAGAAGGAGCUGACUGUGACGCUGUGCGGAGAGAGCGGCGCGGGCAGUGCGGCGUUGCUCUCCGCACGUGUGGAGCAGCUGGAGAAGUCGCUGCAGGGCUACAGGGACCUGCUCGCCACGCACGACCAGGAGGCACACGCUAAACUUGUGGAGAGUUUACGCGCGGAGGCGAGUAAGUACCGCGAGGAGGCGGAGUUGUCGCGGCGGGAGGCGGGGAAACUGCGCGCGCAACGCGACCAGCUGCAGGCACACCUCGACCGCCUCGUCCAGACUCCGCAACCACCUACUAAAAUCCUUCAUCUUGUAGAUAAUCCCGCAGCUGCGGCGCAUAAACAGAUUCAACUUGAUAUGGAGUCUGCACAAGAAGAGAUUAAAAGGUUAAAAGCGGCGCUCCGUGAAGGCGGUUCGGAUGUGUGUCCCGAAGAAAUGCAACAACUAAAGCAACAACUAGAAAAUAGUCGAAUAAAACUGAAGAGAAUGAAGGAGGAGUUCACAUCAUCGGCCCAGGAAUAUAGAGAUGUAGUUUAUAUGCUACUAGGCUAUAAAAUAGAUAGGACAGGACAUAAGAAUUAUAGAAUAUCAAACAUGUAUGCGGAGUCAGCGGAGGAAUAUCUUACAUUCACACUCUGUGAUGAUGGUAUCGAGAUGGUGCAUACGGAAUACUCGGCAUCACUGAAUGAGCUGGUGGAACUACAUCUGCAUCACCACAGAUCUAUACCGCUGUUCCUCAGUGCGCUAACUAUGGAACUGUUUACACGCACCACCAUGCAGCAAGAUAUACAGUAGUGAAUAAAGUGUUAACAUUUAAGUAUUGUGGUGUUCUUAAGUGUCAAGUUAUAAAAUGAAUGGUGGUGUACUAUUUUAUAAACUCAAGUUUAUUCAUUAAGCUCUCAGUAAGUUUCCUGAACUUUUUUUUUAAUUAAGAUAUUUGGUAUUAGAUGUAAUGAG